AUGUUGUUGACUUUCCAGAAGUUCCCUCCGGGGCUUCGACCCGAAUCGAUACCUUGCAGUCCGGCGUCUCCCCGACGGGACCCCAGUUCCCGCACGUUGUUACAUGGACAUCAACAUGCCGAAGCCGGCCUUAAUAUUUGUUCAUUCAAUGUCGCUAGGCUUAAGUCCGCCAUUUAUAAAGAGCUCAAGGCCUCGAUCUCUUGGUUCUUGUCUUCAUUCAUUUUUAUCUUAAGUACUUCGCCAAUCACGUCAUACGCAGUAUACAUCAUGGCCUCAUCCGCCCUCCAGCGUCUCGUACGCUUCGUACCAAGAUCUAGUCCUUCCAAGAUCCUUAUCGGUCAGCCAGCAGACAAGGAUAUCGAUGUUGGUGCUGCCUUACGCAAGGGUCAAGAGGUUGCUGUCAAUGUUUGGUCAGGCUCAUCAGUCCUAUCCCCAGGAUCCUCGACUGGCACUACUGAAACCAUUGACCGCGUCCUGUCCCCUCUUGCCCAAAACGAGAUCGGCACUAUUCGAUGUGUCGGUUUGAAUUACAGAAAGCACGCGGCCGAAUGUGGACUUGAUCCCCCAGCAAUCCCAGUCAUCUUCAUGAAACCAGCGACAACGAUCGUCGAUCCUUGGCCAGCCCGUGGGACCAUUCCCAAGCUGAGCCAGGUUGACGAGUCUGGUGAUUACGAGGCAGAAUUGGCUGUGGUUAUUGGUAAGACGGCUAAGAACGUUAGCGAGGCCGAAGCUUUGGACUACGUUCUCGGAUAUACUGCCGCCAACGAUGUUUCCAGCCGUACUCAACAGCUUAACCAAUCUCAAUGGUCCUUCUCAAAGAGCUUUGAUGGGGCUUGUCCAUUAGGCCCAACACUGGUUCUCAAAUCUCUUAUUACAGACCCUACUAAGCUUCACAUGCGAGGGUUAAAGAACGGCGAAGUGUAUCAGGAGAGCGGCACUGAUGACCUCAUCUUUUCUGUCCCUAAGAUUAUCAGCUGGCUGUCUCAAGGUACUACACUCCCUCCAGGAACUGUCAUUGUCACUGGCACCCCCGCAGGUGUUGGAAUGGGCCGAACGCCGAAGGAUGCGCUUCGGCACGGCGACGAAUUUGCGGUUGAGAUUCUGCCUCAUAUUGGAACACUCACCAACAUAUUCGAGGAUGAGAAGAGCGGCUUCAUGACCAAGUUUAUUGUAAGAAUGUCAGGCCACGUUACUGUGCCUGAGACGAUGAAGGCAUUGAGACUGGUUGAGUUUCAUAAGAACUACAGACUUCUCCAUGAUGUCCCAGUGCCAAAGCCAAAGCCCGAUGAAGUUCUCAUCCGUGUGGCAGCCGCUGGCUUUUGUCACACUGAUAUCAUGGUUUAUCAUGGCAUAACCCAGGUACCAUUACCUUUCAUCGGCUCUCAUGAACCGGUUGGAACAAUAGUCGGUCUUGGCUCUGAUGUGUCUGAGAUAUGGCAUGUAGGGGAUCGUGUGGGAGUUACAAACUUCAUGGAUCCUUGCGAAGGCUGUAAUGGAUGUAAGUGGGCCAUGCAGGGUCUUGGGUCGCUCGAUCCACGUUUCUGUGAUAAUAGGACUAUGUGCGAGACCAUCGGCAUCAUCGGUAUAGGUGGCCUUGGAGUUUUGGGUAUUCAAUUCGCAAAGGCCCGAGGCUAUCGGGUGGUGGCUAUUGACAACCAUGAGGUUGGUUUGAAGCUCGCUUCAGGAGUUCCCUCUCACCUCCAACCGGAUCUCACACUCAAGCUUAAUGACCCAGAAACCAUUCAGAGGAUCUCUGAUUUUACCGAUGGAAUCGGUCUCGAUGCUGCCAUUGUAUGCACCAGCGACGACGAUGCUAAUGACUGGGCUGCUCAGCGAUUGCAACCAAGAGGAGUAUUGGUCGCCGCUGGCUUUCCUGAGCAUGGUCUCAAAUUCGACCCAAUGAAUCUCAUCUUGAGAGAGAUCGUCGUCAAGGGGACAGUCCAUGGUAGCAUGAGUGAGACUAGAGAGAUGAUAGAAUUUGUAGUUCAGCAUGGAAUACGCAGUCAUUUGACUUUGCUCACGAUGGAGGAGGCAGAAGAUAUCGCGGCCAAGUCAGAAGCCCGCGCUUUCACGGGUCGUCCUGUUGUCAAAAUUGGGAUGCAGUGA